AAUUGAAGUAAAGAAUCGUUGAAGUAAGUUAAAGAUAAUGUGUUUAAUCAUUUAAUUAAUUAUGGAUAGUACCUAGUAUGCUUUACCCCCUUAUCACUAUCGCUGGCUUAAUGGUAAAUUAUAUACCUAAUGUCUAUGUUAGGUGAUGAGUAUGAAGAUCUACUGACCAAUGGAAGAGAUCCUACGAUACCUAUGUUUGAUGAACAUCCCGAAGAAAUUUAUUAUGAACCAAAAAGUAAAUUUUAUAAAUUCAUAAUUAGAUGGCUAUUUAUACUUUUUAAAAAAAGCCUCUUUAAGAAAUUUAGGAUUUCCAAGGCUUAAGGACAAUUCCAAAAAAGUGUUUAAGUGGAAAAAGAUGAAUUUCUAGACUCCCUUACCAAAACACUGUCCAAAGGUUUCUUACAUAGUAUGUAGUACAACGACCUGCCUUGAUGUUCCUCAUUAUCGUAUGCAUAUUGUUUAACUUUUCAAUUAACGAGAUGAAGAAGGUGUAUUGCUCUGCCAUGUCUUGUAAAUUUGCAAUCGUCUCUCUCCUAUUUAGACAGUCAAAGAUAAGCCCCCGAUUUCUUUUGAAGAGUACGAAGAAAUCAGAAAUUGUAAGAAACGUCUUAGUGAUUGUAUGGAAAAGUCUAUGGACAUUAUACUUGAAGUAUAAGAUUUACAAAUGAGAACUGCUUUACUUGAUGAUGAUACUAAUUAUAUUCAAUAAAAAUUGCAGUCCAAUGAACAACGAUUAUAAAACAUGAAAUUAUACGAGGAUAUGCUUAAGAAAUAUGAAUAAUAUCUUAAUGCUGUCAUGGAAGGAUAUGAAGUUAUUCGUAGAUAUGAUGAUCUCUGAUAUGCAUUAAUAAUAAUU